UUUUGUAUUCACGAUGCAAUAAUAUAAUAUGAUUUACGAGAAUAAUAGCAUUUUAAUAAAAUUUGUUAUUCGUAUAAAUAUAGUUGUGUGUUGUUACAUAUGAAAAUUAAAGUUGUGUGAUUUCUUCAAUGAAGUGAUUGGUUUUACUCAACAAUGAGGUUGUACUAUGUCAUCCCAACACAAUCAUUUUGAAGAGAAUCAUGUACUUAUUCAAAGAAAUGCAACCUAUGCUGUUCUUCAGCCUACUUUUCUACAUCAUCAGCCUAAGAGAUGCUAUGCAAAUGGUGUACUUGUUAAGCUCCCUAGCAUGCUUUCAUUAGCAUCCAUUCAGCUCAAGGUUGCAGGUAAAAGUCGUGUCAGCAGUUCGUUAUUUGAUAGUGAAAAAAGUUCUAAAGAAAAAAAAUCAAGUAAGGCAGAAAAAUGGCCAUUGACUGCAGGAGUGGCUAUGAAGUUGUACAGGAAUCAGUUAACUUUGUUCGAACAUACUGAAAUUCUCGAUUAUCCGGAGAUAUGGUAUUUAGGUUUGGAAGCGAGAAAAAUUGAAGGGGUUUCCGGCGCACUAAUGAAUAAUGGAUAUGAUGACGAGCAAGGAGGUUUUAUACGAGUAGUUAAAGAUCAUAUUUCUUAUCGUUACGAAAUUAUUGAUACUGUUGGUAAAGGAUCUUUUGGACAAGUUAUUAAAGCUUACGAUCACAAAUGCAAAGAAUUUGUUGCUAUUAAAGUUAUACGAAACAAAAAGCGAUUUCACCAUCAAGCUUUAGUUGAAGUAAAGAUACUUGAUUUAUUGAGAAAAAAGGAUCCUGACAUGCUUUAUAAUAUUAUUCAUAUGAAAGAUUACUUUUACUUCAGGAAUCAUUUGUGCAUUUCUUUUGAGCUGCUUGGGAUGAACCUUUACGAGUUAUUAAAGAAAAAUAAUUUUCAAGGAUUCAGCCUAGAUUUGGUGCGAAAAUUUGCUGUCUCUAUACUGCUUUGCCUUCGUUUGCUUUAUUACAAUCAUAUCAUCCACUGUGAUUUAAAACCUGAAAACAUUCUGCUUGAAAAGCAUGGAUCGACAUCGGUCAAGGUGAUCGAUUUCGGUUCAAGCUGCUUGGAACAUCAGAAAGUUUACAGUUAUAUUCAAAGUAGAUUUUAUCGCUCUCCUGAAGUUAUAUUGGGUAUUUCGUAUUCUACCGCUAUUGACAUGUGGUCUCUCGGUUGUAUACUUGCUGAAUUACACACUGGUUUACCGAUAUUUCCAGGUGAGAAUGAGAUCGAGCAGAUGGCUUGCAUUAUGGAGAUAUUUGGAUCGCCCCCAAUAACUUUAAUUGAAAACUCUCAGAGGAGAAGGUUUUUUUUCGAUUCGAAAGGUAAUCCUCGUGCUUUUACAAACUCUAAAGGGAAAAAAAGAUGGCCUUCAACGAAAGAUUUAAAUUCGUCCUUAAAAUCCAAUGAUCCUCUUUUUAUAGAUUUUAUUCAGCGUUGUUUUGAGUGGGAUCCUUCGAAGCGCAUGAAUCCUGAUGAAGCACUUCAGCACAGUUGGUUGUCAGAUGUCGGAUAUAACGCCGUAUCGUCUUCUUGCCGUAUAAAAUAUAAUACCAUAUCGUCGCCUUGUCAUUUAAAUGCUUACUCAGCUGAAAGUGAAAAGUUGCAUGUUUUAAAUCUUCGUACCAAAGACGAGUAUAAGACGUAUUAUACUGUACAAAGACGAAAUCUUAUCUAUCGUCAUGGUAAUGUAUCAGCAGAAAAUGACGAAAGCAACAUAUUUAGAAGUAAUAGCAUUAUUAGACAUACUCAAAGUCUUCAAUCAAUUGAUGAAUUCCGAAAUUUUGGUUUUUUAAAUUCUAAUACAGUAGACUGCUGUCUCCCUAGUGACAAAGUGACCAAAAAAGAUGUUUUAAAGACAAUGAGUGAUCAAAUUAAUUUAUCUAAUUGGUCUAUUCGAGAUAAAGAUAACAUUUUGCCACCCAUUAGAUAACCAUAGUAACCGACUUAGGCACAGCAAGCUUAAAAAAAGAGAAAAGUAUAGAUUUAUAUGGUUUGCUUUACAAAACGAUUGAUCAAAUAUUUCUUCUCAAAGUAGACUGAUCUUUUAAAUUGUAAUUUAAAUAUUUUUUACAAAUUUUAGACAAUACUGAAUUUUACCCAA